AUGGAUCCUCUCUACGCUAACUCUACCGGGUUUGUCCACUCUCCCGGUUUUGUUAACCUCUCAUCUUCACAGAACACACAAACAAUAGACGUAGAGUCUUCUCAGUUCCCUAGCUUUAGUAGUCAGAGCUCUGUAGGUCCUAAGCCACUGGAAAGGCGGAAGUGGACGGCAAAAGAAGACUUGGUGCUGAUCAGUGCUUGGUUGAACACCAGCAAGGAUCCGAUUGUCGGUAAUGACCAGAAGGCAGGGGCAUUUUGGAAGAGAAUAGAGGUCUACGUUAACGCCAGCCCUCAGCUCAAUGGCUGUCCUCCUAGAGAGUCUAGUCAGUGUAAGCAGAGGUGGGGGAGAGUGAACGACUCGGUGGGGAAGUUUGUAGGAUCCUUUGAGGCCGCUUUGAAGAACCAAGCUAGUGGCCAAAACGAGAAUGAUGUAAUGAAGGUUGCGCAUGAAAUCUUCACUAAUGACCAUGGGGCAUUCCUUAAACUUGAUUGUGGCUUUAAAAAUUGA